AUGGCGGCGUCUUGUGUUUCGGAUCAAAGGAGAGGCGUGCCCGUGGCUGAGGGCCGCGCCGGCGUGACGGAGUCCGUCCUCAGCGCUCUCAGCGCUGGGUACCGCCACUUCGACACGGCGUCGGCGUACAACACGGAGGCCGCGCUCGGGGACGCCGUGAUCCAGGCCGUGCGUGACGGGAUUGUCGGCUCCCGCGAAGACCUCUACAUCACGACGAAGCUCGCGGUCACCGACGCGCACCCCGGCCGUGUUCUGCCAGCGCUUCACAAGUCACUCCGGUUGGUUCUUGCAACACAGCUCAUCAUCGUCACUCUAGCUAUUUGGAACCUGCAGAUGGAGUACGUGGACCUUUAUCUCAUUCACUUUCCGGUGAGCAUGCGGCCGCCGGUGGUGGAAGGAGGCCUGCCGGUGGUGAAGGAGGACCUGGUGGAGAUGGACAUGAAGGGGGUGUGGGAGGAGAUGGAGGAGUGUCACAGGCGAGGGCUUGCGAGGGCCAUUGGCGUCAGCAACUUCACCUGCAAGAAGCUAGAAUACUUGCUAUCCUUUGCAAAGAUCCCCCCGGCUGCCAACCAGGUGGAGGUGCACCCACACUGCCGUCAGAACAAGCUAAGGGCAUUUUGCACGGAGAAAGGAAUCCAACUCUGCGCAUUCUCACCGCUUGGUGCCAAGGGCACGGCAUGGGCUAACAACUCCGUCAUGGAGUGCCCUGUCCUCAAGCAGAUAGCCCAUGAAAAGGGCAAAACCGUUGCCCAGAAAGGUCAUAUAUAA